AUGCUUAUGCGAAAAAUCCUGGAGCCCGCAUUUCUAGAGCAACUAGGUCUCAUCCGAGACACAUUCACCAAGAUUGGAAUUCGUCAGACUACAAAUAUACUCUACCGACAAGCCAACUACAAUCUGCUGCGGGAGGAAACAGAGGGCUACUCUAAACUCGCAACCGAGCUAUUCACAACGAGCAAUUCUGAGCCCCCGACAGCCGAGACGGUACAGGCUACCUUCGAGCGCGUGAAGGGUCUUAUCGGCACAUUCGACUUGGACGUGGGACGAGCACUCGACGUUACUCUUGACGUGUUCGGAUCCGUCCUUAUUAAGCAAUUCAGAUUCUUCGUCAAAUUCCUCAGAAUUAGCUCAUGGUGGCCGCGCACGCAAGUACGAGCUGGAUCCAUAGGCACAACUUUCGUUGGUGGCUUACCAAAGUGGGGAUUGCCAGAGUCUUCACACUGGCUGACAAGCGAGGAGGACGAAACUGUCAUUGUCGAGCAACGCCGGCUCCGCGAUGUCCAAUUCUGGGAGAGAGCUCGCGAGGUCCAUCUGGAUGCCUAUUUCGAGUUGGGUGGAAGACAGGUCGCCAACAACGAACUGAAACGCCUACAAGAUAUGGUCCAGGCAGCGAGCAAUGGGGAGUUAAACAAAGACAUCGACCCGGAGAUCCAGUGGAUCGUGAACACCAGAACUCUACCUCCCUCCGGAAACCGAAUCGCAGCUCAGUUGCUCGGUUUCAAACUGCGGUUCUAUGAUUCGGAUGCUAAGGACGAUAGCGACGUUCUCCCGGCCAACAUCUUCUACAUGGCAGCCUUGCUCAUCAAGAUCGGCUUCAUCUCAUUGUGUGAUCUUUAUCCCCAUGUCUCUCCAGCAGACGACGGAAUGGAGGCCGUCAGAGAGGCUAGAAUGAAGCUGCUAGCUGAAGAGGAGCGGGCGAAGACAGGAAAAACCAAUGCGCUUGCCAUGCUUGGAGUUCUUCCUGAGGACGAGAAAGAUGUGCAGCGAACAAACAAACUCAACGCCGAGAUGAGAGCCGCAGCUGCGGCCGCAGCAGCCGCAAAAGUAAAGCCCGUGGAGGUCAUCUACCAGAAGGUUCAGCUUCUCGAGGAGCUCUUGACAGUCGGCGCAAUUCCAGAGGCUCUGUUCAUCCUGGGCCGCUUUCCGUGGUUACCUGAGGCUUUUCCGAAGCUCCUUAACUAUAUUCACCGCCUCUUGCACUCUUCCCUAGAGAAGGUCUAUUGCGAGUGUCGGCCUGCGACUCGGGCAUCUAUUGACACCAAUCUCAAGAAACUUCCCGAGUCUGACCAGAGCGCAGUCCCGAAGGGCAGCAUCAAGAUCACUCCGGUGCCGUCCAAGAGACCACUGCGAUGGCCACAUCCUGAUGGCGAGAAAGACGGCGCACCAUACCGCUGCUAUUGGGAUGAGUGGGCGGAUAAUGUGCCAGUUUGCCAGACUGUAGAUGAUGUCUUCACACUCUGCGGUACGCUCAUGAAUCUGUCCGGCGUCAAUAUCGGCAAAGACGAAGCUCUGUUGUCGAAGCUUGCGGUCAUUGGUACAAAGAGUCUGGCAACCGACCAAUCUCAACAAAAUCGUGAUCGUUGGCAAGACCUUCUCAAGCGCCUCAUCGUUCCAGCAUUGAGUCUUACCAGCUCUAAUUCCGCUACAGUUAAUGCCGUUUGGAAUAUGCUGAAUCUUUACCCUACUACGGUACGGUACAACAUGUAUGCUGAAUGGUACAAGGGAGCAACCUCCCGGCAGCCUGCCAUGAGAGCUGCAUUUGCGCGGACCAAGUCAGAGACCCUGAGCGUGCUGAAGCGGGUUUCAACUCAAAACAUCUCUACGAUGUCCAGGAAGCUCGCCAAGGCGGCGUUUGCCUCUCCUGGUGUUGUCUUCGACACAGCUAUCGAACAGCUGGAGUCAUAUCCUAAUUUGAUUCCUGCAUUCGUUGAAUGCGCGCGUUAUUUCACUGAUAUGGGAUAUGAUAUUCUUGUCUGGUCCUUGAUGAGUGCCCUGGGUGGUAACAGAAGCCGAACCCAGGCAGGCUCUAUUCUCUACACCAGCGAGUGGCUGAAAUCAUUGUCAAAGCUGUCAGGACAGGUCUUCAAGCGUUAUAACAACAUGCGACCUACACCAGUUCUGCAGUAUGUCAAUGACCAGCUUUUCAAGGGCAAUUCUACCGAUCUCGUUCUGCUAAGGGAGCUGAUCUCCAGCAUGGCUGGCGUGGUUCCGGAUGCCGACUUCACAGAUGCUCAACUCAAAUCCAUGACUGGAGGCGAAGUACUUAGACGGCAAACGUUGAUCCAUCUGGGUGACCGGCGUUUCGAAUCGACCAGAGGUGCAAAGAGGUUGAUGCAAGCCCUAAUCGACACUAAGCUUGCCGGAGGACUGUUAAUCAACCUUGCGCAAUAUCGCCAGUCGGGAGUCUUCAAGGUACCGGAGAGUCAAGCCCACAUCAAGUACCUCUCCAGUCUACUGGACGACGCACACCAGGCUUUCAUGCAAUACCUAGAUCUUCUACGAAGCAACCUGAGCGCGGACCAGUUUGACAGUCUCAUACCAGGCAUUAUCGCAUUGGUUCAGGACUUCGGCCUCGAUGUGAGCUUUGCUUUUAUGAUUGGACGGGCGAGCCUAGCAUAUCGUAUGAGCAAUCCGAAGUCUCCUGCUCUUGGCUCCGUGAAGGAUGAUCAAAGUCAACUUACUCUCCCAGCUACGGAUGCUGAGGGUGAUCUGUCAAUGACCGAAGAGGAUGUCUCGGUUCAACCUGUUGCGCCAGUCAAUGACAAGAUGGUUUUGGAUGAUACCCCAGUCAAUGGCAGUGCUGCACCAGUAGCGCAAACUCCCCGAAAAUCGGAUCCAUUAUUAGAUUCUCUGCAACCCAUUAUUGAGGGUAUCCAACCAAUCCUGUCUCCAGAGAUCUGGGCGCGUCUAUCACCCGAGUUUUUUGUGAUGUUUUGGUCUCUCCAGCUCAGCGAUCUCAGCGUUCCACAAACCAACUACAUGGCUGAACAUGACCGACUGAACAAAGCAGCAGAGGAUGUCAUGAAAGACCGCUCUGACAUGACUAGGAAUGGCAUGAACAAGAAAGACAAGGAGAAGCGCGCGUUGCUUGACGUGGCAUCUUCCAUUCGAGAAGAAAUGAAGGCCCAUGUGGAGAGAUAUCAGAAGACCAGAUUCAGGCUUGCCAAGCAAUCCAAGUCAUGGUUCCCGGGCGCAAUAGCGGACGUCAACGCAAUCUCUGACACACUGAUUGAGCAGUGCCUCCUUCCUCGGAUGCUUCUUUCGGCAACUGACACGGAGUAUUGCUUCAGGGUGAUUAAAUUUCUCCACGAGAACAGAGCUCCUAAUUUUAAGCUUUCCUCUCUAUAUGAGCGGUUCUUCAACGCCAACCGACUUCGAUCCAUGAUCUUCUCGUGUUCAGUUCGAGAAGCCGAAUAUCUCGGACGCUUCAUCAAGCUCAUUCUCGAGGAUCUAUCUCGAUGGCAAGGCGACCAAAAUUUGUACGAAAAGGAAGCCUUAGGACAGAAGGGAGAAACCAGGAAUUACAUUGGAUUCGCUACGGCCUUUGAUGAUGAUGGCAAGCCCACCGCUUUCAUUGACCAUACCUCCUUCAGAGAUUCUCACUACGAGUGGCAUAAGAAUCUUAACUCAGCUCUGAAGUCUUGUCUUCAAGACACAGAAUGGAUGCACAUCCGAAACGCCCUUACCGUUCUCAAAACCAUCACCAGUUAUUUCCCCGCUGUGAACUUCAUGGGUAAGAACUUGAUGGUGCAACUCGAGGCUAUACGACUCCGCGAACAAGCCUCUACCAAGGCUUCUGAGGCAUCGGAUGACAAGCGAGCCCACCGGGUGGAUCUCGCCGUCACUGCCCAAACCACCGCAUCCGCUCUGAUAAAACGCACGACACAAUGGGUAAUGGUUCAAGCAUUCCGAACGAAUGCGUCCGCCAAAGAAAAAGAAGCAUCCAAAGAUGCGGACGCGGCAUCUUCCACCCUUCGACCAACUGCACCGGAAUUCAAGCCGCAGCCAGCAAAAUCCAAUGUGACUCAGGCUACGGAAGUCGAAGAAGAUGGUGAGGUCCAGGAUGGUAAGGAUGCCAAAGCUGCAGAGAGCAGUGAUUCACUUGCCCCGAAGCCAAACCCUUCCUCUCGCAGAAGUAGUGUGUCUGGCGUGGAGGAUAAGGGCAAAGACUUGGAUGCCAAGGACUUGACAGCAGCACCGGCUGCUAGACCUACAGAGUUCCACAUGGUCUACCAAGUCGUCCAGAUGUACCACUUCCCGGCAACUUCAGGCCUGAUCGAUAUGGCCAAGUCCAGAUCAUUGAACGAAGAGAAUCUGGUUCCCGCGAUACUCGGGAGCAAAGAGAUGCCCGAGACGUCCGAGAUCCUCGUGAUCUCAGAGACCCACGUGAUCCUCGGGAUAGCAGAGAUCCACGAGACUUCAGACAGCCAGAGCAUGGCCGACUAG